UCGAAGGGGUGAUGUUUUAUUCUAUCAACCCUCUUCUAAAGAUGUGCUCAAUUUCAAAGUUAUGAGUUCCUCUGGCAGUGAACAUGUCAGAACUGAACGUCGCAAUGUUAAGACCACGAAAUUGCGGCCUGUAAAAGUGGAAGUAAAGACUGAGGAUGUUGAGGCUGGUAAUGAUAUAAAUGAGAAGCCUCCUGAACAACGAGGCACGGAGAUGGUGGUGAAUGUAGCUGCGGAGGCCGGUACUAGCACGUGCGUAGUGAGGAAGAAGAAGAAGAAGAAGCAGGAUUUCUAUGGUGAGGAGAUUUUCAAACGUGGGGGUAUGCGGCCGCCCUUGAACCCUUUCUUCGUGGUGGAUGUGAGGGAAAACAGAGUGAAUGAGAUGUACUUCCCCAAAGAUGUGAUCAGAGACAACAAUAUCAGACUCCCAAACACUUUGUUGGUGGUGGAUCCGAAAGGGAGGAAGUUCGAGACGACGCGCAGACCAUGGAAGGAUGGUAGAGUGAACUAUUGUGGAGGGUGGAAAGCCAUCUACCGAGCGAAUAUGUUGAAAGUAGGUGACAAGCUCAUCUGCGAGUUCAUCGGAAAUGACCAUGGCCGAGGCGUAGGGGAUAUACACCUCAAGGUAAGUUUAUACCUUGCAGUAUAGGUAGCAAAGGGUAGGGAUGGUGAAACGAAGGACAAAAACUGUACAAAUUUUUAGUUUUUUUUUUUGUGUGUGAAAAGAUUAGGACAAUGCAAUAAGAUUGUGUUGUAAUUUAGGUUCAAUAGUAAUUUGUUGUGAUACAGAAACUCCAAUGAUAUGAUGGAUCAA